AUGGCAUCCUCCUCAUCCUCCCCUUCCUCCUCCCUGCACUUCCAGCCCCACGGCGUCCAUCUCGAUCCCCACUCCUCUUCUCCAUUACCACACGGCGAGUCAAGCGUAGCUCUGGAAGAGGAAGAGGAGCACGAUUAUGAGAGUUUACCGGUGGGGCAUGGAUGGGCUACGAACAUGGCUGCGGGAGCUCUUGCGGGUAUAUCUGAACACGCCGCGAUCUUUCCGUUAGACCUUGUCAAGACUCGAAUGCAAGUCCUCGCUCCCCUCACCCACGGCCUCUCCCUCUCCUCCUCCGCCUCCUCAUCUGGCACUGCCGCUGCCGCCGCCCGAUCCGCCCCUCCUCCCCAGCUCAACACCAUCCUCUCCCAUCUCCGCUCGAUCUCCACCACCGAAGGCCUCCGAUCCCUCUGGCGCGGUGUCGCCUCUGUUAUUCUUGGUGCGGGUCCUGCCCAUGCGGCGCAUUUUGGAAUGUAUGAGUUUGUGAGGGAGGUUAGUGGGGGUAGGAAUGAAGGGUGGCAGGGAGUCGGAGGGACGGCGUUGGCGGGAGCGAUGGCUACUGUUUCGAGCGAUGCUUUGAUGAACCCUUUCGAUGUCAUCAAGCAACGCAUGCAAAUCCGCAACUCUCCCCACCGAACCGUCCUCUCCUGCUCCCGCACCCUCUACGCCACCGAAGGUCUCUCCGCCUUCUACGUCUCCUACCCCACCACGCUCACCAUGUCCGUCCCCUUCACCGCCGUCCAAUUCACAUCCUACGAAUAUCUCAAAACCGUGCUCAACCCCUCUGGCGCAUACAGCCCCAUGACGCACGUCAUUGCCGGCGGAGUGGCGGGCGGGCUGGCGGCGGCGGUGACGACGCCGUUGGAUGUGGCCAAGACGCUGUUGCAGACGAGGGGGAGCUCGAGUGAUGCGAGGAUUAGGGGGGCGAGGGGGAUGGGGGAGGCGUUGAGGAUUAUUUGGGAGAGAGAUGGGGCGAGGGGGUUGAGGAGGGGGAUGUGGCCGAGGGUUUUGACGGUGGCGCCUAGUACGGCUAUUAGUUGGAUGAGCUACGAGUUCUUUAAGGUUCUCAUCAGGCAACACGGUGAAUUGCCAGAAUUCGGCCAAUCCGUCUAA